AUAUAAAUGAACAUUUCCAGGGAUUUCGGGAAGUCUAUAGUUUCCUUCGUAAUCUAAACCCUCUCUCUGCAAAAACCUCUGAAACUUAACGCCGCUUCUAUUCCAAAUCACCAACAUGCCUCGCCGGAGCUCUGGAAGGUCUGCUUCUCGCCCAGCCCCUCGUGCUGCUCCUGCACGCAGCCCACCACCUCCACCAGCUCAACGUGCUCCUCCUCCACCUCUGGCUCAGAGCGGAAGUGGUGGAUCCAUGCUUGGAGGCAUAGGCUCUACCAUAGCUCAGGGCAUGGCUUUUGGCACUGGAAGUGCUGUGGCUCACAGGGCUGUUGAUGCUGUGAUGGGUCCUCGUACUAUUCAACAUGAAACUGUGGUUACUGAGGCUGCAGCUGCGCCUGCAACAGCAGCCACCACAAAUAGUCUUGCUGGCUCUGAUGCAUGCAGCAUCCACUACAAGGCAUUCCAAGACUGCCUGAAUAGUUAUGGAACCGACAUCAACAAGUGUCAGUUCUACAUGGAUAUGUUGUCGGAGUGCAGGAAGAACUCAGGAUCCAUGAUGGGUGCCUAGGCGCAUUCUUUAUUUGUUGCCAUGCAGUGGAAUGUCGGCUUUUGACUUCAUUAUUAUUUAUCUUUGUUUCUCUUCUGGUAAUGAUGAUGAUGAAGCUGAACUCUGUUCCUGGUUCAAUAAUCUCUAUAAAAUCCUCGAAGACUGAGUGAUAUUGUUCUCAAUGUUUGAACCUUAAUAUUGUUGUUGAAUCUCAACUACUAUCCUUUCAUUUAUACUUUUAUUGGAUCAAAUUAAAUGCAAUUGAAAUUUGAUGAUGGUUUA